CAAAAGGAGCCGGCUGAAGUCGAGAAGAUCCUGGCAAAUAUCCGAUCAGGAUCACUCGAUGUCCCUGUUGUAGCUGUGCUUGUGCCCGUCAUUCCCGCGGAGGGCGAGGCGACGUUCACGCCCCCUGCCUACCUCGAAUCGCCGGGCAGCUCGACGCCGGCACUCGUCCCCUCUGCCAUCUUCACGAAGAACGAGCCGCGGGUCCGGGAGGCACUGCAGUGGGCGCUGAAGACUGGGCACACCGUCCACAUAGAUGUCCAAUGCGAUAUACGCGAGGUCGAGGGUGGCUGGGACGCACUGGAAGAGAUGCUGACGAGCAUGACCAUCUCCAAGGACGUCAAGGAGCUCCAUGGAAAGAUUGUCGUGUCGAAUAUCCUGCCGCCUCCGGACGACCUUGCGCUGCCGAUCGUGAAGCUGCUGACGCACCCGUCGUAUCGCAACUACCAGUCACACGCGGCCGCGCUUUCGUUAUUCGGCAACGUGUGGGUGAACCUGCUCCCUCCUGCGUGGGGCGCACCCGUCCCGUCUGCGUCGCAGAAGGAGCGCAACGAGUGGAAGCGCAGGCUCAAGAUGUAUAUCAGCCCUGUCGUCGAGGCAUUUGGGUUCCAGCGUAUCAUCUUCGGGUCUUCGCCGUCAUUGGCGUCGCAGGCGGGCGACUGGUAG